CCACAGUACUUCCAAGUCCUGAUAAUACCUGCCACUCUUCGUGCUGGUUUGGCUGACACAGUGCCCUCCCGCAUUCCUUCCGCUGCUCCGCACAGUAUGAAAGUGGGUCACCGAACCGCAACUUGGACUGGAUCACAUCUCACGUUCAUUCGCCAAAGCUCAUCUUACUUUUGACUUUACACAGCUCAUUGCUUUUCGUCUCGAACAAUCACACCGAGCUCGCACAUCAUAUGCCAUCAAUUCGUGGUGGCACUCAUCUUUCUAUUAUUAUUAACUACCUGCCGCUCACCAAUUGAUCCUUGGUCUGAGAAAGCGCACGGCGCCUGGCAGUAACUGCUUCAUCAACAACUAGAGGUCAACACUGGUCUUACUCGGCUCAAUGUUUGAAGUCAUGGAGGAGCCUACGGAUAAUAGAAUGGCAGAAGAGCCUGUACCACAGCCCAAUGGGGAUGCCGUCGCCGUCGCUGCUGAGGUAGUCACUAUCGUAGAAGCUGCCGACAAGAAUGCGAGUGAUGUCGCCCCAGUUGAAGUAGCGCGCCCAGCCAAUAGCAUACAAGAACACCGACCAUUCUCCUGGCUGGAACCUCAUCCCAUAUUUGUCAUCGCCUUAGUCGGACCCGAGGAGAUACCGUUCGGUAUCCAAAAAGACUUCUUGUGCUCCAAGUCCUCCUAUUACCGCAAGUUCUUCGACGAGAAUGCAGACCAAGAAUCCAUCGAGAACAUUGUCAGACUCCCAGAAACACCCACCGAGGUGUUCGCGUACUGCCAAAACUAUCUCUACACGGGUCAGGUCUUCCCAUCACUGGAUAACCUUCCCAGCUAUGAUGUACUCAUUGGCGUGUGGAAGCUUGGCCAUAUGCUCGGCAUCGACGGCCUCUGCGAUGCGACACUGGACGCCAUGAUUGAGUGCAGACGCAUCACCGAACACAUUCCCGCAACACCACUUCUUGUACAAGUGUGGAAAGAUACUCCCGAGGGCUCUUCGAUACGAAAGCUGCUCCUUUCGUGGGCUGCCGAGUAUAUGAGAUCGUCGGAGUCCCGGACAGAGUUUGCGAGGUCGUUGCCGCAGGAGGUGUUGAGUGAGUUGGUGGUAGCUAUGAGCUCACUGGAGAACAGCUCCCCCCUUGAUGAGCGGGCUGGAUCCGAUCCUGCCGCCCUUGCCCCGGCCGCAGAGAAGCGACGUGACACUGAAGGGGGACAGGAAGGAGGACGACCUGCGAAGAAGCAGCGUGUGUCGGAAGCUGGUGCCAACGGGUCACCUCCUGUUGUCUCUCAGACCGCUUCUGGUCGCAAGACGGUGACAAAGGGAGCCACCGCUUCUGUGCCAAAAGCCUCGUCUAAACCAGGCCCUAAGCGCCGCACUAGUGGAGCUGCGAUUGCGAGCCAGCAGUUUUCGACGAACCAGAAACUGAACUUUUGCGCAGACCUACUGGCCAGGAUGCUCUCUGGUCCUGGCUUUUGGACCCGUGUCGUUGGGCCCUUCAAGGAUCCCGUAGACCCCCAGCGCGAUGGCGUACCCGACUAUUUCAACGUGGUCAAGAAGCCCAUGGACUUGACGACGAUGAAGAACAAGAUGGACAACAAGGAGUACAAUGACGAACAGGAGUUCCUGGCAGACAUGAACCAAAUAUUUGCGAACUGCUAUGAGUACUGGAAUGAGACUGAUCCCAUGUGGGGCGCGGCAGAGAAGUUGCAAAAGUCGUUUGAGGACAAGUUUAGCCAGAUGAACAAGUGGAUCGCGAAGAUGGAAGGGGAUGAGGGGCAUUAGAAUGGCUCCGGUACUGAGCUUUGGAAUGUGCCGGCUUACCUAUUCAAGCGCUUCACCUGUUCUAGCUCCGGUUUCAGGAAACGUAAAAAAAAAAUACAACUGUGCGGCUGGGGGGAGGACGAGCACCUCCGAGCAAAAGACGAAGAAGAGCGUAGCAUGGUGUAAGAUAAGGGAGAAUGUCUCUUACUGUCAGCAGGAGUUUGUCUGGGUCUUGGCGGCUGGCUUUCCUUCCAUUUAUUAAUGAUAAUUUGGGGGUGGGGAGGAGGGAAACCAAAAGGUCGUGUUUAAUUUUUAUGGUUUCGUUGGGAUGGAACACAGGUAAAGACGAAAGAAGAGAAGGUUACAGGUUGGAAUCAUGACGGUUAGUGUACGUUCAUAGGGGUGUUAAUGGUCCGCUCUCUGUAACUAGGGCGGUGAUCUUUUGGCCCAAACAGCAGCCAUUUGAAAGAAUUUCCAUGAA